UGUCAGGCGAGCAGCAGCAUGCUCUCUGACAGCGACUAAAACAAACUAUGGAAAACUAGCAGCGGACAGAAAUGCUAUGUUCUGGGAGUGGAGUGCGCGUGAUUUUGAGGCUGUCCCGAGAUGAGACGUGGACCUCCGGACCGGAGCGCAGGCGGCGGACAGGCGCUCUGGGUCCUGUCUGUGACCGCGCUGCUGACCGCCGGGGCCGCUGUAGGCUCACCGCUGGACCCUGAGGUUUUUCUGGAAAAGUAUGGCUACCUCCAUGAAGACAGCCACAUUCAUAAUGCUCUUGAGAUGCAGUCUGCCGUUCGGGAGUUCCAGUGGCUGUCCCGUCUUCCCAUCACUGGCAGACUGGACAGCGCCACCUUGAGGCAGAUGGCUGAGCCCCGUUGUGGAGUCUCUGAUGAGGGCAGUCACCAGGUCUGGGCUCAGAGAAUCAACACUGUUUUCACUGGGAAAAGAGCCAAAUUGGGGAAGGAAAAUCGCAGAAAACGCUCUGCUACUCAAGCUGAGAAGUGGUACAAGCGUCACCUCACCUACCAGAUUGUGAACUGGCCUCGACACCUGUCCCCGGGCUCAGUGCGGCUGGCUGUGCGGGCGGCCUUCCAGCUCUGGAGCAACGUAUCAGGUCUGAUGUUCCAAGAGUCGCCUAAAGGGGCAGUGGCGGACAUCCGACUAGCCUUCUAUGAUGGGGACCACAAUGACGGAGCCAGCAACGCCUUUGACGGACCAGGGGGCACUUUAGCCCAUGCGUUCCUGCCUCGGAGAGGAGAGGCUCACUUUGACAUAGCAGAGAGGUGGACCCUGAAUGGUCACAAGGGGCACAACCUGUUCUUGGUGACGGCGCAUGAGAUCGGGCACACUCUGGGCCUGGAGCACUCUCCCGUCAGACAUGCCCUCAUGUCGCCGUACUACAGGAGACUGGGCCGCAGCCUGAUGCUCAGCUGGGACGACAUCAUCGCUGUGCAGCAGCUCUACGGAAAGCCAUCAGGGGAGCGUACUGUCAGACUGCCAGGACAGGUGCUCCACGCGGUGCUGCAGCAGUGGGAGCUCACAGACACCCCCGAGAGCACCCAGCACCCUCUGUACUGCCAAGGGGCAUUUGAUGCCAUCACUAUGGACCAAAAUGAUACAGUGCUGGUGUUUCGGGGCAGUUUCUUCUGGACAGUGUCACCCAAAGGUGCAGUUACUAAACCCCUGCCUCUUCGACAGCGAUGGGCAGACCUGCCUCCAGCCAUCGAAGCAGCUGCAUUUUCACCUUUGGACUCCAAGUUGUACUUCUUUAAAGGGCGGAGAAUGUGGCGGUACUCUGGUUCUCAGCUGGACCCAGGCUUUCCCAGGAGAACAGUAGAGUUGGAGCUCCCUCGGCACCCUGACUGCGCGUUCUUCUACGCCCCUCUGGGACACAUGAUCCUGUUUAAGGGCUCAAGAUACUUUGUUCUAAACCUGAGGACGCUGCGUGCAGAGCCCUACUACCCCCGCAGACUAUCAGACUGGACAGGAGUGCCCCAGGGCACUAAUGGGGCUCUAACCCGCCCGGACGGACGCCUCUACCUGUUCAGAGAGCAGCAUUUCUGGAGGUUUGACCCUCUUAAGGUGCGAGUGACAAAAGAGGGACUGUGGGCCAAAGAUCUACACUGGGCUGGCUGCAGCGACAGUCCCCAGAGCAAUAAUAUUCUUUGAUGGAGCUGGGACGUCAACAUCAAGUGCAAUGAAUUCAUGUGUAACUGUUUAAUUCCAGUACCCAAACAAACUCCUUCAGUUAUAAUAACCUGACUUUUGUAAGGUAGGUGAGAAAAUGAAAUAAUUACAUUACACAGCAGGGUAUAUUACUCUGGAUUACCCUGCACAAGUAUUUUUCUUUUAGAUUUGCACAAUACCAGAAGAUGUUGUUAGAAGAAGUUAAGAAAAAUCUGAGCUUAUUUUUUCAGUAAUUGUUUUUCAUCAGAACAGCACAUGUAUAAAAUCUAAACUUAUAAAUGUAGGGGUUUGCAU